GAGCCCAGAAGAACAGCUCACUGCAGCGCUUCAGGGACGUCUGCUGGUGAACUGGUGUCAAACAGGACGGCGCGUGUGUGUGUGUUUGUAAGCUGUGCCGAUGGAGCAGUGUGCGUGUGUGGAGAGAGAACUGGAGAAGGUGUUGCACCGGUUCGUCACAUAUGGACAUCAGUCAGAGGAACGGCUAGACGAACUCUUAAAUAACGUCUGUGAGCUGAGGAGUCGACUGCUCGCUUACGGUGUUCAGGAUGCAGAUCUGUCAGUGCUGCAUCAAACUAUGGCCCAGUGCUGUAAGGAGAUCAAGGAAACCGUGCAGAUGCUCGCCUCAAGACACAAGGACAUCCACGGCAGCGUGUCCAAAGUGGGCAAAGCCAUCGACAGAAAUUUUGAUGCGGAGGUGAGUGCAGUAGUUGCUGAGAAUGUGUGGGACUCUCCAGAGAGGCAGAAAUACCUCAGUGAAACUAUCGUUGAACACCUGUAUCGACAGGGCAUGCUGAGUGUUGCAGAAGACCUCUGCCAGGAGUCUGGUGUAGUAAUCGACAUGAGCAUGAAACAACCCUUUCUAGAGCUCAACCGCAUUUUAGAGGCUUUAAGAACACAAGAUCUCAGACCAGCUUUAGAAUGGGCAGUGACAAACCGUCAGCGGCUGCUGGAUCUGAACAGCACCCUUGAGUUUAAGCUGCACAGACUGUAUUUCAUCAGCCUGCUCAACGGGGGCAUCGGCAAACAGCAGGAGGCGUUACAGUACGCUCGACAUUUCCAACCCUUCGCAUCACAGCAUCAGAGAGAUAUUCAGAUCUUAAUGGGCAGUCUAGUGUACCUCCGCCAUGGGAUUGAGAACUCUCCGUACCGCAGUCUUCUGGAGACAGACCAGUGGGCUGAGAUCUGUAACAUCUUCACACGGGACGCUUGUGCUCUGCUCGGCCUCUCUGUGGAGUCUCCACUCAGUGUCAGUUUUGCGUCCGGCUGUAUGGCACUUCCUGUGCUCAUGAACAUCAAGCAGGUCAUUGAACAGAGACAGUGCAGUGGGGUUUGGACGCAUAAGGAUGAGCUGCCAAUUGAAAUAGACCUGGGGAAGAAGUGCUGGUAUCACUCAGUGUUCGCCUGUCCUAUCCUGAGGCAGCAAACAUCAGAGAGCAAUCCUCCCAUGAAGCUCAUCUGUGGACACGUCAUAUCCAGAGACGCUCUGAACAAACUCACCAAUGCUGGAAAGCUUAAAUGCCCGUAUUGUCCAAUGGAGCAGAAUCCCUCAGAUGCCAAACAGAUCUACUUCUGAUGUCUCUCUCUUCUCUCUUCUGGAUGAAACGUUGAAGGCAGUUCAGAUGAUUCUCCUUCACAGGCAACGAUGAGCCUCCAGUGGCGGAUUUAACCCCUGAAAACGCCGCCACCUUCCUCUCCAAAGCUUUAGUUUCCAGAGGCGGGUGGCCACGGCAGCGUUCCUGUAGAAGCAGAGGGAAAAAAAAAAAAGACCUCGGCACGUCAUUCUUCUUUUCGCCAGUACGUAUGUGUGCAUUUCGCUUCCAUUCGUUUUAAUUGCAGAACAUUUUAAGUUCCCAUUCUCGAACGCCUCCUAAUUUUUUUAUUUUCAAGCAACCGGGUGUGAUGCAUCUGUGCGGGUUGCCAGAUCACAUCCACAAUUUCCUCUUUUUAAGAUCACACACAGAGAUCCUUUGAUUUAAACUUGCCUUUUCAGUAUGUAUAUUAAACGUGACAUCCGAUAAUAAAGACUGCGCAGGUUAUUCUACACCAAUCACGUCUCCUUUCAGCAUAAUAAAGGCUUGGAAUAUUCAUGAGAUGAUAUAAGUGCGGGUUUGCGUGCGGAAGCCUUUGCUCUGUGUGUGUUUUUAAGAGUUGAAUUAAUAAACAGCAGUGAUUUGUGACUAUAACGUUUCUCCAUUAGUGUAAUUGCAUAUGUAGCGUAUUUAAUAAACACACACAUACACACACACUCUGAUCUGACUCGGCUUUCAGGCUUGUAUAAUCGAAACGGGUUGUGGAUUGAGUUUUUUUGCCAGCAGAAUAUUUGUCCAUUAUUGUACAGUUGACGGUAGACUGAGUGUGUUUUAAUGUUCCUCGUGGAGAUGAGCGUUUCCCAUAAUAAUAAUAAUCCCUGAAUGUAAAGUUCACUCUGUUUAUAUGUGUACAGGUGACGCUGGAGUAAUAUUUGAUCCCUCAGGAUAUUCCUCAUUGGCUUUAAUGUAACUGCUGAUUAAUGCGUUUCACCAUAGGGAUUGUGUUUCUGGAGGUGUGCAUGCAGGAGCAGAGCGUGUGGUUUGUAAAUUGCUCUUUAUUUUGCGGUGAUUGAGCUUUUCUGACAGACCUGAAACCCAGUGGCUUAUUGGAGAUCAAAAAACUAACUUUACUUUCUCUGAGGUGGAUGAACCAGCACAGCAAAUGAUGUCCGAUAUCGUUUUUCUUUUAUUUCGGUAAGGGUGAAGUCUUUCCUCUUGUGUGGCCACUGAUAAUAAGUGUUGUCUGUUUGUUCAAGUAGACAAUCAUUUAUUACCUCCCUGACGUUUGUGAGAUUGAGGCAGAGUAACGUGUGUUAUGAUCUGAGAUUAGGCAAAGUGUUUUCUUUUAGUUUUCAUUCAGUGGUUUGAGUAAUGACUCUGCUUUCUCUACUAACAACUGCAAGGCUAAAUAUUGUAAAUAUUUAUCUUCUGACAGUACAGUAUGUUUAUUAUACUUGCAUCUAAAUAAUAAAAGAUUUAUACUCAA